CCGGGCGGGCCCGGCGGGAUGUGGCGGCCGCUCGGGCUGCUCCUCGUCUUCGGGGCCGCCACGGCCGCGCUCUGGCUGCUGUCGGUGCGGCUGAGUGCGGGGCAGGCGGGCAGGCCGCUGCGCUUCCCGUCCGACCUGGAGGAGCUGCGGGAACUGGCCGCGGCGCUGCGGGACUACGAGCAGCGGCACCGCGGCGCGGCCCUGGCGCUGUUCUGCGCUGCCUACCUGUACAAGCAGAGCUUCGCCAUCCCGGGCUCCAGCCUGCUGGUACGGCCGGGCCUCGGGAGGGGGCUGGGGGGGCUCCCGUCCCUGUCCCCGGGCCCCUCACCCCCCGUCGCCCCGCAGAACGUCCUGGCCGGCGCGCUCUUCGGGCCCUGGACCGGGCUGGUGCUCUGCUCCGUCCUCACCUCCCUGGGAGCCACCUCCUGCUUCCUGCUGUCCCGCCUGUUCGGGAAGCAGCUCCUGGUCGGCUACUUCCCCGAUCAAGUGGCUCUGCUGCAAAGGAAGGUAGAAGAGAACAGGAGCUCCUUGUUUUUCUUCUUGUUGUUCCUGAGGCUGUUCCCCAUGACGCCAAACUGGUUUCUGAAUCUCUCGGCUCCCAUUUUAAACAUCCCUCUGUCCCAGUUCUUCUUCUCCGUUCUCAUUGGUCUUACACCAUAUAAUUUCAUCUGUGUGCAGACAGGAGCCAUCCUGUCACAGAUCACCUCCCUGGAUGCCAUCUUCUCCUGGGGCACACUGCUCAAGCUUCUUGCCAUGGCUGUGGCAGCACUGAUACCAGGGGCUCUCAUCAAGAAAUACAGCAAGAAGCACUUGAAGCUGGAUGAAGACAAGCAAGCUCAGUUACUCAAUGGCAAGAAGAGCUUGUGAUGGAGCUGCCCCAGAUAUUGGGGUCUCUGUUCCUGGGGGUUAUAUUCUGCAUGCUCUGUGGACCAAGGACCAUUGCAGAUUUUAAUCAUUCUCCUAAGAGGAGGUGUGAGGUUCUUAUUUGUAAUGAGUGUGUAGUUGUGCCUGGAUCUGCACACGAGCACUGUACAGGGGCUUUGUGAACACUACAGUCAUUUGCCUGUUUCUUUUAAA